UUCUUGUAGCAUCUUUGAUUAUAGAUAACUGGGUGUGUGGAAGCGUUUGGUUGCUUGUUUUUCCUGCUUACGAAGGUCAKCCAUUAUGAUUAAAAUUAAAGAAAAGCUCAAUGCUAUGAAAGAUGCCAUUGAGCAAGCGGAAGAUCGAGAAGCUGACGCCAAAUACAAUCUAAGAGCUGCUGAAGAUCGUUAUAAGAAGGCUGAGGAAGAGUUGGAAUCACACAAAAGGCGACUAGCUUUGCUACAAGGAGAGCUGCAGAGGACGGAAGAAAAGUUACAGGAGAGCAAAGAUUCUCUAGGAGACGAAAGCCAAAGAUGCAAUCGCUCUAAGGGAUGAAAAACUUCGUGAUCUUAACGAUGUUUCUCGAAAACUCACAAAAACAGAGUAUGAUUUACAUAGRGCUCAAGAAAGAUUGGAGAAGGCUGAAGCCAAAAUCCAAGAGAGUGAAGAGAAUCUGCAAAGUGCUGGUGAAAAUAUGAUCAGGCUCCAGCAAAAAGAUGGUGAAGCUGCAGAUCGCGAAACCGAGCAAGAAGAGAAGAUUGCUUUCAUGCAAGACGAGUUAAAACCGUUAGAAGAAAGGUUUGAUAAUGCCCAAGAACGCUGUGGAAAGAUGGAGCGAUAUUUAGAUGAGUUAACGACGGAAUAUGAUGACAUCAAAGGCAAGAAAAAGAGUAUUGAAGAUGAAAUGGGAGAAAUAUCACAAAUUGCUGACAGCGACUUGUUCGAGAAGGAGUAAAAUCAGCAUCAUUACUAACAUUAUGACUUGACUGGAUAAAUACCUAAAUUUAGAUAGGCUAGAAGUACAAUUCAAGUUGAAAAGAAUAUAAUUUUCGUGAAUUCUUGCGUUCAUCUACCGUGCCAUCUUCCUUUACGGUUAAUAGUUUUUAUACAAUUAACAAUGCCAACCAUUAACAAUAGAUUAAUCCUAUUUUUGUUGAAUUUGUCAAAUUAUUAGAUGUUUAGUCUUUCCUAGAGGAAUGUAUGCUAAUUUUCUCCAACGGAAUGAACAUAUAGCAGUGCAGCAUUUUCCCUUUAUUGGUCAUGGUCACACGUGGUAAGCAUUUCUGUAUCGUGGUCAUGCAUUAUAACUAUGCCUGUAUAGUAUGUAUAGCUUAAUUAAAUCAAUGGACCUUGAUUUAAAACUGAUUACUGAUAGUUAGCAGUAAGUUAUUAGUUUUCCAAUAAUGCCAAGACACAAUAUUUAACAGCUGUAUGGGUAUUCUUUAUAUUUGAAUUUUAUGCAUUUUCACCAUGUGAGCAUUAUACACAUACUUUCGUUAAAAAGAGUAAGAAUUGUGAGAGUAWUACCAAGCCUAACCUAGGUAUUAAGUAGUGUUAUUUACAUGUAAUUAACGCUCUUGAUCUAAUGCCAUAGGGACACCAGCAGUGUUCCAAGAUCAAUUGCAUUGUACACAAAAUGACAGCUUGAUAGCAAACUACAUGUAACUACUGACUAAACUGAGAAUACUCAGUGAUGACAAUCACAYAAAGUAACACUUUUAUCCAAAGCAUAACUAUAUCUUUUAGGAAAUGCAAUUUCAUCAYAGGCUUUAACCAUCAAACAGSCCAUUAUUGAGAAUUARAAUAGGCAUUGUAAAUCUAGUCUCGCAAACAAUAAAGAGCAAAAUACUUGGCAUACUUGA